UAUUAGGACAAAACAGUUGACUGCCACAACUUCAUCUUCCGAUCAUGCAAUUCAUGGAUUUUCUUUCAAAUCUUUCCCACUUUGCAGUUCUGUCUGCAGCUUUAACUGUUUUGGUGGUUACAGUUCUGUUCCAAAAAUGGAACAAAAGACACAGAAAGAAGUACCACCCUGUUGCUGGAACUGUAUUGAAUCAGAUGCUCAAUUUCAACAGGUUGCAUCAUUACAUGACUGAUCUUGCACGGAAGUACAGGACAUACAGGUUGCUCAACCCUUUCAGGAAUGAGAUUUAUACAGCAGAACCUAGAAAUGUUGAGUAUAUACUCAAAACCAAUUUUGAAAAUUAUGGAAAGGGGUUGUACAACUAUGAAAAUUUGAAGGAUUUACUAGGUGAUGGCAUUUUCACUGUUGAUGGUGAGAAAUGGCGUGAACAAAGGAAGAUAUCAAGUCAUGAAUUCUCUACAAAGAUGUUAAGGGACUUCAGCACUUUUAUAUUCAGAAAGAAUGCAGCAAAAGUUGCAGACAUAGUGUCUGAAGCUGCAACUUCUAAUAAUAAGUUGGAAAUCCAAGACCUUUUAAUGAAAUCAACUCUGGAUUCAAUUUUCCAAGUUGCAUUUGGAACUGAACUUGACAGCAUGUGUGGAUCUAAUGAAGAAGGGAAGAAAUUUGCCCAUGCUUUUGAUACUGCUAGUGCAUUGACCCUAUAUCGAUAUGUUGAUGUCUUCUGGAAGAUAAAGAAAUUUCUGAAUAUUGGAUCAGAGGCUACAUUAAGAAAGAACACUGAAAUCUUAACUGCAUUUGUCUUUAAGCUAAUAAACACUAGAGUUCAGCAAAUGCAGACUUCAAAAGAUGAUUCUGCUAGCAUUCGAGGAGACAUUCUCUCAAGGUUUCUGGAAGUGAAGGAGUAUGAUUCGACAUACUUAAGAGAUAUAAUUCUGAACUUCGUUAUUGCUGGGAAAGACACAACAGCUGCCACACUUGCUUGGUUCAUGUACAUGCUCUGCAAAUACCCUUCAGUACAAGAAAAAGCUGCAGAAGAAGUGAGAGAAGCAAUAAACACAAAAACAAUCAGUAGCUGCACUGAGUUUGUGUCUAGUGUAACAGAUGAAGCUCUCGAAAAGAUGAAUUAUCUCCACGCAGCAAUUACAGAAACUCUCAGACUCCAUCCUGCAGUUCCCGUGGAUGCAAAGAUUUGUUUUUCUGAUGAUACAUUACCAGAUGGGUUUAGUGUAAAUAAAGGAGAUAUGGUAUCUUAUCAACCUUAUGCAAUGGGUCGGAUGAAAUUCAUAUGGGGUGAUGAUGCAGAGGAAUUUAGACCAGAAAGAUGGCUUGAUGAGAAUGGCAUUUUUCAGCCACAGAGCCCCUUCAAGUUUACAACUUUUCAGGCAGGUCCUCGGAUUUGUCUUGGAAAAGAGUUUGCUUAUAGACAGAUGAAGAUAUUCUCAGCAGUUCUGUUAGGCUGUUUCCGCUUCAAAUUGAAUGAUGAGAAGGCAAAUGUCACUUACAAGACAAUGAUAAAUCUUCAUAUUGAUGGAGGUCUUGAAGUCAAAGCCUUUCACAGAGAUAGAAAUUAGAAGAUGAUUUUAAGGACAGUUCAGACUCUGCAAAGUAGCUGAAAGUAGUUCAACAUAGGAUGAAAGCUGUAUUUCAAAGAUAUAAAUGGUUGAGGUUAUUGCUUCUCAACCAAGUUAGCAAAGUACUUAAGCACACAUGAUCAAGAAAUCAUUAGAAGAAAAGUAGUGCGUAGAUAAAGUGGAUAAGAAAAUCUCCUUAUGUAACACAGACCACAUCCAAAUGUCAUUUCUUGCAUUUUACUAAAAUGGUAUAACUUUUGCAUGAGAAAUAUAACAUUAUUUUGCUAAGAUGUAAUUGUUAAAUAGGGUUUAUUUAUUUCUAAUAAAAAUGGAAAUUGUAUUUCUCAAA